AUGUUCGACACGGUUUGCACCCUUCCGCUCUCCUCGGACCUUUUCACUCAGGCCAUCCACCCCGGACAACCUGUAGUGUCCGUGGGUCUAGCCUCGGGCCAUGUCCAGACCUUCCGAUUGCCCUCUGAAGAUGCCAGCAGCGAAGAUGAUGAGGCAUCCAACUCCUCCAGUCGCACUGGCAAGGGUCAUAUCGACACCAUGUGGCGGACAAGACGGCACAAGGGUAGCUGUCGGUCCUUGGGAUUUAGCACUGAUGGAGAGAUGCUGUACUCGGCUGGUACCGAUGGGCUCGUCAAGGCCGCAAAGUCUGAGACGGGACAGGUGGAAAACAAGAUCGUCAUUCCACUAGAAAAGAAAGGCUCCGUCGACUCUCCCACUAUCAUUCAUGCGCUCUCUCCCCAGACUCUUCUGCUUGCGACAGACUCCAGCGCCCUCCACCUUUACGAUCUGCGCAUACCCUACUCCAAGGUCUCUGCUCGACCAGAGCAGUCGCAUCACCCGCACGACGAUUACGUUUCUUCCCUGACCCCUCUGCCUGCCUCCGACACCAGUACUUCCGGAUUCAGCAAGCAAUGGGUUACAACUGGUGGAACUACUUUGGCAGUGACGGAUCUACGGAGAGGCGUGCUUGUGCGCAGUGAAGACCAAGAGGAGGAAUUGAUUAGCUCCGCAUACAUGGGUGGAUUGCCCAGCAGCGGAACCAGUCGUGGAGAGAAGGUGCUUGUCGGUGGUUCAAACGGCAUCAUUACUCUAUGGGAGAAGGGCGUAUGGGAUGAUCAGGAUGAGCGCAUCUAUGUUGAGCGAAGCAAUGAUGGUGGCGAGUCGAUUGAUACACUGGCUGUGGCUCCCGGCGACUUGGGUUAUGGCAAGCUCGUGGCCGCUGGUCUGGCCAAUGGCUUGGUAAAGCUUGUGCGCAUCGGUUCGAACAAGGUUGUAUCAGAGGUCCAGCAUGAUGAGACUGAGGGUGUUGUGGGACUAGGAUGGGAUGUCGAGGGACGCAUGGUCUCCGGUGGAGGGCAGAUUGUCAAGGUUUGGCAUGAAGCUGUCGCAACCGACGGUGCCGGAGAUGAUAUGGAUGGUGGAAAGCAUAUGCUUGAUGACAGUGACGAUAGUGAUGAUUCCGAUGAUAGCGAUCGGGAACAGAAGAAGAAGCCCAGUGCACGAGAGCGUAAGAAGCAGAAGAAGGCCAAUCGCAAGGAAAGCGGUGCACAUGUCAUGGCCUUUGCCGAUAUGGACUAA